CUUUUCCUAAAUUGAGAAUCACUCAUAAAAUAUAAAUCAGAAUGGAUUCAGGAAAAUGGACCAAGAAGCCUGUUGCUUCUGCUAGAUCUGAAGUGCUCAAUCCAAUCAGAACAACUUUAGAGAAAGACUUCAAGAUCCCCGAGACUCACGACAAGAACUUGAUCAACUUUACUCUCGGAGAGCCAACCAAGGCCAAUGGAUACCCAUUGCCUGAUGAAACCAAGGAAGCCAUCAUCGAAGCUGUUGAGUCUGAGAAGUACAACGGGUACACACAUAGCUCUGGCCAUCCAGAUGCAAGACAGGCUGUAGUCGAUAAGUACUCUACCGAAGAAGCUCCUUUUGAUAAAGACGAUGUCGUGCUGACCUUCGGAUGCUCUGGAGCUCAGUACACAGUGUUCUCAGCAAUGUGUGAGCCAGGAGACAAUGUGUUGGUUCCAAGACCAGGGUUCCCUCUGUGCCUGCCCAUCACCCAGAAUCUCGGAGUGGAGCUUAGAUAUUAUGACCUCGACCCUGAAGACGAAUUUAGCAUCAAAUUAGACACUGUGGAAAGCCAAAUUGAUGACAAGACUAAGUUUAUCUUGGUCGUCAACCCAAGCAAUCCUUGUGGGUCAGUGUUUUCGAAGGAACAUAUGGAAGACAUCAUUGCUCUUGCAGAGAAACACCAGGUCCCACUUGUUGCAGAUGAAAUUUAUUACGGAUUUUCUUACGACGACAGCAAACCCUUCCACAGCUUCGCUCAUGUAAACACGGAAAUCCCGUUGAUCACGUUCGGAGCAAUUUCAAAGACAUAUUGUGUCCCUGGCUGGAGACUUGGAUGGGCCAUCGUCUACAACAGAGGCGGAUACUUCGACAACAUCCUUGCCAACAUGCAGAAGCUCGCAAUGAUCUGGCUUCAUCCCUCAAGCUUGGUUCAGCAAGCUCUGGUCAAGAUCCUCAGAGAUGUUCCAGAAAGCUACUUUGAAAAGACCAAGGCAAAGCUCAAGGAAGCAUCCGACAAAGCUUGCGAAGUCCUCACCGGCAUCAGAGGCGUCAAGCCGGUCAGAUCGAAGGGUGCCAUGUACAUGAUGGUGCUGAUUGAGCACGAUGAAUUCGAAGAUAUCGAAGACGACGUUGACUUCUGCAAGAAGCUGCUUAACGAACAGAACGCAUUUGUGCUUCCGUCGACUUGCUUCUUCGCAAAGAACAUGUUCAGGAUUGUUCUUUGUCACCCACUAGAGAAAAUUGAGGAGUUAGGAUUGAGAAUCAAUGAGUUCUGUGAAAAUCACUAUAAGAAGUAAUGAUUCAACCUUCAGCUCAAAAAUA